AUGGACGUCACUUUCAUCACAAUCCACGGCAAGUCAGGGUGUCUCCAGGAUUUAUCGCGUGACGCUUCGAUCCUGUAUGCGUCAGACAGCAUCCAAGUGGUGCUCGGAUAUCAACCCCAGGAGGUGUUGAACCGAUCUUGUUGGGACUACUUUCAUCCCAAGGAAUUGCAAUUCGCUCGGAGUGUUCAUGGGCGUGGUGUGAGACUCGACAAAGCGGCAGUCCUCAAUUAUUGUUCUAUUCGCCACAAAAAUGGCUCUUGGGUUGGCUGUGAAUGCGUCUUCACGGUUGUCUACGAUGUCUUGAUCGCGAGUACGACCAUUUAUGGCCAGGGUCGAGGAAGUCAGAAGCGUGCCAUUGAUGCACCCAUUGUCCGCCAGCUUUUCGACUCCUCGCCGCAUGACCCGCGCUACCAUAUGCUCACAUUAUUAUCCGAUAAAUUCUCGCGACGGCUUGCCGAGCCACUUCACGAGCCCCGGGCGGCUCUCUUCGUCAAUCGAUUUACCCGAACUGCAACUAUAAUGUACGCUACGAGCGGCGUCACGGAGAUCCUCGGCCUUCAGCCGCAUCAGCUGGUCUCGAAGAGUUUCUUCUAUUGUAUACAGGAACGAUGUCUCCGCGACGCCGUGCGGUGCCUGGAAAGUGCCAAGGCCAACGACUCGAUUGCUUAUCUACGAUUCUGGUUCCGCAAUCCUUUGCUUGAUGAAGAUGUCGAUAUGGACACUGGAGGCCAUGCCGACCCCGCCUCUGGGACGAAUAACGAGUUCUCUGCUCGGGCGGGGCCUCCCAUUGAACUGGAGGCCGUCGUCUCUUGCACGUCGGAUGGACUCGUACCUGUCCCGGUCUACUCCAACGGCAUCUUUGCGGCCCCCUGGGCGCUCGAGCCCGUUUAUGCAUACGGCACGGCAUCAUACCCUGCUGAUGGCUGCGUGAACACCGCAUAUCCGGAAGCCAAGACAACGCUCUGCAGAGAGAAUGAGAUCUCGCCGCUGGGUCUGGGAGCCACAAUCGCCCCGACUCAGAAUUACAGCUCCAGACAGUUACCGCAUCCGGCUGCAUCGACCAAGACUGGCUUGACACGCGGUCCCCAGGAGAAUCUUCUUAUGGACACUAUUCGAGAUGUGGCUGUAUUUGCAUGGGGUAUUGUCGGUAUCAAUCGCUCUCUGGAGCAGCAUAAAUACGGGUCGCCGUCUGGAAAUGCCCAUCCAGACGUUACGAUGGAUGAGACGUGGGAAUUAUGA